GCGGCGGCCGGGCCGGGCGGUGUGGCGGCGGCGGAGCGGCAGGAGCCCGGCGGGAGGCCGGGGAGCGGCCGCCGCCAUGAAGAAGCAGUUCAACCGUAUGAAGCAGCUGGCCAACCAGACCGUGGGCAGGGCUGAGAAAACAGAGGUACUCAGUGAAGACCUGUUGCAGAUCGAGAGGCGCCUGGACACUGUGAGGUCUGUUUGCCACAUUGCACAGAAGAGGUUAAUUGCCUGUUUCCAGGGCCAGCAUGGUACAGAUCCUGAUAAAAGACAUAAGAAACUUCCUCUGACAGCUCUUGCUCAGAACAUGCAAGAAGGCUCUGUCCAGCUAAGUGAUGAAACUCUGCUGGGGAAAAUGCUAGAUACAUGUGGUGAUGCAGAGAACAAACUGGCAAUGGAGCUCUCUCAGCAUGAAGUACAGAUCGAAAAAGAAGUCUUAGAUCCACUGUAUCUACUAACAGAGACAGAGAUCCCAAACAUUCAGAAGCAGAGGAAACAGCUUGCAAAGCUGGUGUUGGACUGGGAUUCUGCAAGAGGAAGGUAUAACCAAGCCCACAAGACUUCAGGAACGAAUUUUCAAGUGCAUCCUUCAAAAAUAGAGUCACUAAAGGAAGAGAUGGAUGAAGCUGGAAAUAAAGUAGAACAGUGCAAGGAUCAACUAGCAGCAGACAUGUAUAACUUUGUGUCCAAAGAAGGGGAAUAUGCCAGAUGUUUUGUUAUGUUAUUAGAAGCACAAGCAGAUUACCAUAGAAAAGCAUUAGCAGUCAUAGAAAAGGUCCUACCCGAAAUUCAAGCCCAUCAAGACAAAUGGACUGAAAAACCAGCUUUUGGAACUCCAUUAGAAGAGCAUCUCAAGCGCAGUGGUCGUGAAAUUGCAGUCCCCAUUGAAGCCUGUGUAAUGAUGCUUUUGGAAACGGGGAUGAGAGAGGAGGGCUUAUUCAGAAUUGCUGCUGGAGCCUCCAAAUUGAAAAAGCUGAAAGCUGCCCUGGACUGUUCAACUUCCCAGCUUGAUGAGUUCUAUUCGGAUCCCCAUGCUGUCGCAGGUGCCUUGAAAUCCUAUCUGCGAGAGUUGCCAGAGCCUUUAAUGACCUACAGUCUGUAUGAAGAGUGGACACAAGCUGCAAAUAUCCAGGACCAGGAUAAGAAGCUGCAGGAGUUAUGGAGAAUUUGUAACAGAUUACCUAAGCAUUACCAUGCGAAUUUCAGGUAUUUAAUCAAAUUCUUAGCAAAGCUUGCACAGAACAGUGAUGUUAACAAAAUGACACCCAGCAACGUCGCCAUAGUCUUAGGCCCCAACUUGUUAUGGGCAAAGACUGAAGGAUCUCUUGCUGAAAUGGCAGCAGCAACUUCAGUCCAUGUGGUAGCAGUUAUUGAGCCAAUUAUUCAGCAUGCAGACUGGUUCUUCCCUGGAGAUCAAGAUUUCAAUGUAUCUGGGGCAUUUGUUGCAAUUCCUGCUGUUAAUUCAAAUCACUUGUCGCACACUGGGAAUGAAUAUGAAUCUGGGACACUGGAACGGAAGAGGCCUGUUAGCAUGACUGUAAUGGAAGGGGAUUUAUUGAAGAAGGAAAGCUUUGGUGUCAAGGUUAUGGACUUCCAAGCGAACCCUCGGAGAUGUGGCACUAUAAAUAGAAAGCACACAUCCCCAGCUUUCCAGCCGCCCCUUCCACCCACCGAGGCUGGCGUGCUGGCUCAGCCGGGAGCGGAGCAGCACUCCCAAGCUUCUGUGGCUGAAACAAGCCCAGUGGGUGCUGGUUUUGCUCUCUCUGCUGGCACAGCAGAACAGUUACAAAGUCAAGGAAAUGAGGAUGUCAGCUCCUCAAAACCGAAGGACAACAGCUCUGCAGCUACCCCUCCACCCGUGAGGAACGGCGGGCAUGCUGCUGCCCAGAGCCAGCCAGCCAGCAGCACUACCCAGCUCCCUGUCAGUCAGCCACAGAAUGCGGCAGGUCCCAGUCCCCAUCUCAUGAGGAGAACUGUUAAGAAGCCUGCACCAGCCCCCCCUAAGCCAGCCAAUCCCCCACCGGGGCAGCCAGGAAGCCAAAGCUCUGCAGCUGCUGCUCAGCCACCUUCUGUGUCUCCAAAGCCACCUGCCAGAAGCUCUUCUCCCCCUGCUCAACAUGCAACCCAAGGAGCAGCCCAGACCUCCACUUCCCAGGUCUCUGCACCUCGGAGAUACUCCAGCAGCCUUUCCCCAAUCCAGGCUCCCAGCCAUCCACCACCACAGCCCCCAACACAGGCUACUCCUCCACUGCAGCCCAAAUCUAACAGUCAAGCAUCUCCUCCUGCUGCAUUCAGCAGUGAGCAUGGACCAGAGCAGCCCUGCUACACUCCUCCGCAGACUCCGACACCGCCCGAUACACCCCCUCUAGGAAAACACAAUACCAGUUCCCCAUCAGCACAGCCACAGCCAGCUACUCCAGAACCCUCCCAGUCUCACUCUCUACCUCAGAGUGGUACACUGCCGAGGCCACGGCCAGUACCCAAACCCAGAAACAGACCCAGUGUCCCCCCUCCACCUCAUCCUCCUUCUCAGCUGGCUGGAGAUGGUAUUAUUGCAAAUCCCACCCAAACAGCUUCCAAGAUUGUAACAGGUGGGGCUGGUUACUGCGAAUAAGACUCUAAUCCCAGUACCCAAGAACCACUUCAAGCCCCUCCAUCAGAGCCUCUCCCGGACACAGCGAGCAAAGAGCUGCACAACCACCUCGUGCUCGAUAUUGACAAUGAUACAGAAAGCACUGCUCUGUAGUGGAAGCUCCCCAAGGCCUUACAGGUUCCUCUCCUGGUGGGAAAACCCAACGGUGAAAAGCUUCUUUUGAUGCUCUGGCAGGACUGUGUAGAGCUGGGAUGGGGAUUUAGCCGGUCAGAAGAAGUGUAAUGAUCUGUGUCUCAACAAUGGUUUUCAGAAUCCUGGAUGGAAGGAACCAGUAACUGCAUAGGAAGCGUAAUUGCUGCUGAUACAGGAGGUAUUGGCAGAGAUUCCAGAAGCAGCAGAACAUUAGUUAUUUAAAGUGCAUGUAUUACGGAAAUAAGCUUUUUAAUGUCACGGUUAGACUUUUAUUCCUAGUUGUUAGCCAUUACCAGGAGCUGCCUUGCAAGAGACAUUCCCUCACUGAUUUGCUGCAGAUUCUUUUUAAACCAUGAACCAAAAAAGCCAGAGUGCUGGUGGUGACCGCGGGUUAUCGGUCGCCUGGUCUAAACUGUGGAUGUACUUAGUGCCUUGAAGGACUGUCAUACUGUAGAAGGAAACUCACUGUAUCUUUAAUCAUUUCAUUGCUACUUAACGAUCAGUACUUACUACUUAUGUCAUAGUUACUUGUAUUAACCAAGCCUGCUUGUGUUUAUGUGGAAGUCGCAACUGUUUGAGGAUGCAGCUGUGGAAGUGGGGUUUGUGCUUUCCUUGGAAACGGUUGGAUGUGGAGAGACCUUUGAAACGGCUCUUUGGGAUCCUCACUUGGGUGAACAUUUAUAACAUUAAAGAUUGUCUUUUGUCAACUUGAA